CAUGAGGCUUCAUUUGACCAUCACUAGUGAACGCUACAUAACACCGCAUGAAAUGCUUACGGGUCGACCCAUGCCAAUACCAGGGCCAUCUUCCAGCAGGUGAAAGGGGCCACAGAGGACAGACGAGUCGAGAUCCCAGAGGACCUUCAGAAGAUGCCUCCCCGCAGGAGCAAGGGACAAGGCGAUCCUCACGCUUGGUGGCCAGGCGGAAUCGGAGCAGGGCCCAGAGUGACAGCAGUGGGUCACUGCCAGGGAGGGUAUCACCAGAGAGCACCACGGAGGGGAGUACCUCCUCCACAGUGGCUAGUGAUGAGUCUCAUGAGUCGACACCUGACAGCUGCAGGGAUGAUGAUGAAGGCGCAAGGACAGCAAGAGCAGAGGAAAUUGAGGAAGCUGCAGAAGAAGAAGAAGGCCGCAGCACAGAAACAGGCGCAGCAGAGAGCCAAGAAAGUGCAGACGCAGACACAGGAGACACAGACACAAGGGGUGCAGACACAGGAGAUGCAGGCUCAGAACAGGGAACAACAGACCAGCAGGCCAUAUAGCCAGAGAAGUUCAGAUGUAGGAGGCCAAACCAGUAUAGGAGGAGGAAUUCAGGCAGGGAUAAUAGCUGCAGUGCUACUAACAUUACUGCUUAUCAUGACAGGGGUGAAGCCAAGUGAGGGAGCAGAACAGAGCGAUCAGGAUCAGGGGCAGAUGGACCAUUGUUUACUCGCACUAGGAUCCAUGGCUGUAAAACAAGGACAGAUGCCUAGCGGGGAAAUAGUGCAGCUGACCUACUAUAAGUCACACGCUUAUGAUGAUGUGUUGGAGGAAGAUCCAGGAAAUAUUAGGCUGCAUGGCUGGUCUAUAGGACCACAAUGUAGAGCAGAGGGGAUGGUGACAGCAAGAGUCUGGUGUGACAAUGAAGGUUGUCCCAACAUAGACACCGGGCACAUAGUACCCGUAGAACUUGCUCAGCAAUGGCUCGAACUAAAAUCAGAACCCCGCAGGAGAACCAGAAACGCGCCAGCACAAGACUAGAACUACCAUGUGGAGAUCUAAUGUGUUUUACCAGUGGUUAGAGUACUCCGCCAAACAAGUAACCAACAGCUCGUGCAUAGCCUACCACAGAUAAUUAGGCCUACCCAGAGUUAGGCCCCUCCCAGGUAUAGAGGAUUGUGAAUGACGAGACACCUAUUUUGCACAGUGUACCAUGUGGAUGGCGGCAGGGAAAACCAAUUACGCUAAUAAUAGUGAAAUCUGCCCAAUACGUCUGAAAGGGGCUCCUGAGCAAAUUAAAAAAGAAUUUCAAGUACCACCAGUAGUGCAUUUGGCUCAAGAUAUUGUAUUUCCUUUUUAUGUAGCCCGAGGGGACAUCGACCAUUGGCUAGAGAAUUCCACUAGCAGCAGCAACAACACGCUUGAGGCGGAACAAUUGAUCCAGUGCUGGUAGGAAAGUGCCACCCAUAAGCAAACUAAUCAGACUUGGAUCGCAAAAGUGUGUCAAACCGUAGAAAAAGCUAAGAUUCAAUGUCACCAGGUGGUAAGCAGCACAGCUAAAACCUCAUACGUUAUGGGGCGCAAUCUCACUCACGCCACAUUUGGAUUUAUGACCUUAGCAAAGGUAUGGAUCCCUAGCAGAUAUAUUCCAUAGGAGAUGACUGGAUAGGGACAGGUAGAGGAUUAGGUGCUAUGCCAUUUGUAGGGACUAUAAUGAACACCCAGUACAUAGCACGUAAUAGCCGCUGGGUAAACUAUUUGUGGUACAAUCAACAGAGGUUCGUAAAUUGAUCUAUAGCAGCACUGGAAGGUGUGAGUGAACAGUUCCAUGCUACAUCCCUAAUGACUAUGCAGAACAGACUUGUCAUCGAAACAACGUUAGCCCCAGACCAAGGUGUCUGUGAUAUAAUAGGGGAAGAGUGCUGUACAGCCAUCCCCAUGAAUACAGGUGAAGAUGGCAACCUGACUCAAGCUUUAGAAAACAUACGUAGACUAAGAGACCAACAAGUAAAACACUCCAAUUGGAACACUAAAACCUCAUCAAUUCUUGACUGGUUAGAAAAGUUGGAAAAAUCUUACGAACUAUAGGAGUAAUAUUUGGACUUGUUCUAUUGACUAUUCUCUUGAUAAUCUGUUGCGUCCUUCCCUUAAUACAGGUCCUGAUAAGAAGGGCCAUGAGAGCGGCCACGGGACAAUUUGUUAUGCUGAUACAACAGCCGGAAAGGCUACCCAACAGAGGAGAAUUGUGGGGACUAGACGAACCGUGGAUAGGUGCAGAGCAUGGCUAGCAGUUGGAGAUCCCCGUAUCCAAAGCAGCAGAAUCCAGGGUUGGCCUGCCAAGAGCGCCCAGCCAUGCCGGAGUGCCCAGACCACUCCAACCCAUCUCCCAGGCUGACCAACUGACCCCCAUUCGCGUAUGUGCCUCAAGGAGGAGCCCCCAUUGAAGCCCAUUGGUACCAGUACGCGCCGAUGACCUCGCCAGGAACCUACGUGCCACCGCUUAUGCAGCCGCCAUUGACGAACAUCCCGAACUGGACUCCCAUCAACCCCUUCAACCCCGCUGACAACGCACACCUGUGCCACCAAGACCAUUGUCCCGAGCCACCAGAGUCCUGUUGCAACGCCAAUAUAACGUAUGGCCUGAGGCGGUGGAAAGACAUCUCUGAGAGCUGCAAAACGAGACGCCCACCACUGAGAGAUACAAGCAGCUCAUGGAUGAACUGCACACCCAACUCUAUGAUGUUCCUGCAAAAUUCUACCAUCGACUAGUGUGCAGCCUCCCUCUAGAGCUGCGAUAUAGUCUGUGCAAGCUGCGCCAUUACACCUACAAACGCAGGAUGGUGGAAAAUCGCUGGGGUACUGAAGGAGCAGCAUGAAUGGGAUCAACAGGAGAAGAUCAACCUGCGUGCUCGAGUUCGCAUCCUGACAGGAGACAACCAAAACCUGCAACAGCAGCUGGCAACCUAUCAGGAGUUGAAGUUUGAGAUCGCGAUACUGAAGGAUCAAGUUGCAGCUUACCGCCGUCUGCGUAUGGCUAGGACGUCGGCUUAUGUUUCCACUGACUCUAUUAACCAGUGACUGUGCUAUAUCAACCGUUGCAGGAUUACUAGGGUGUUCCACUCACUGUAAUCGUUCUAUAAUUAUGUAUACACUGGAGUGAUGAUGUAUCCCACUGUGACUUAUCUUGUGUGUUGCACUACUUAACAAUCACCUUUCUAGGUUUUAGAUUAAACACUGUAACAGAGUGACAUUCACCUUUCUAGGUUUUAGAUUAAACACUGUAACAGAGUGAUAUUACACAUUGAGUGCCUUACCCUUGUUGUGCCUAUACCAAGCUGUAAUCAGUAGAAUGUAGUGUGUUUAAUGUUUGGCUAAUCACUUGGGUAGAGUAGGACUUUGCAGUCCCAGAGGAGGGAAUAUAUUUUUUUUUUCCCUCUGUUAAGCUUGCUGAUUCAUGUAGAUUGUAGUAUGGGACCUUCUGGUCCCAAAAGGGGGGACAUAUAUAUUUUCCUCCCUCACUAUUUAGUGGGACUUGUUAGCCCCAAAGGGGGGAAUGUAGUGUAAUGUACUGAUUUACUGUAGUGUUUACACUGUACCUUUAAGUUGACCUUUAAAAAUACGUGUUGAAGCAAUGUACUCUGUGCACUGACGAAUCACACACUAGUUUAUUAUUUCAUGUAUUCCUAUGACACACACAUACACUCAUUGAGCAUUUAAGCAUUGUGGUGGAGAAGAACCUAGGAUUCACUGUGCAUCAUUUCUAAAAAUAGCAUGAGGAUGGGCUCAGAAACACUGGUGGAAAGUUAGGGGAAUUCCAGCUUGUCCUGAUAUGACUCUGGUAAGAGGAGACGGUCUUAGACUGCCCAGGAAAGCAUUACAAGUGCAAGUAGAUAGGCUGGCUUUAGGAAGAACGGAGAAAUGUGACACCAUUAUGGAGGGUAGGAUGAAAGGAAAAAAAGUGGAGACUCAGCAGAAAUGUGACACCAUUAUGUUUCAGCUCCAAGGGGGAAAGAUUAAAGAAAAAGACAACUCAGCAGAAAUCUUCACAAUAAAAACGAGAGCGCAGACAAAGACAUUCCAGUCCUGCUCUAGAGCUUGACUCAUUGAGUUGAUGUGUCCUGAUGCCUGCGAGCACAUUAAAAUCUGUUGUACCUGA